UCCCCUUGCUAUUUUCCUGAGAGAUAAUCUACAUGGCACUUCUGCUACUACCAAACAUCUCUACAUCUCUACUAUAGGACUAGCAAUCUGCUAUUUCAAUUAUGGAAUGGAUACAGGAUAUCUUUUCUUUUGUUCUAUGUUCAACUACAUCCUUCUCUUCCUUGUUGGUGGUACUGGAUCAUCAGUUAUCAUUUCCUUUCUAUUUAAUCUGGGUUAUCUGUUGGUUUCAUACGCCAUCUUUGCUUCUAAUGACUAUGAUAUGAACUGGACUACACCCCAAUGUAUCUUGACCCUACGAAUGAUCUCAGUAGCUUUUGAUCUUUAUGAUGGGCAUAAACCUGUGGAGAAGCUAAGUUCAGAGCAGAAGUCAUUAUGUUUCAAGGAAUCACCAGGCCUCUUAGAGAUUGUCAGCUAUUCUUUCUUUUUUGGCUAUUUCUUAACUGGACCACAGUAUCCUUUACGUCAAUACCGUGACUACAUGGAUGGUAAACUACUUGAUAAUGAAUGUGGCAAGCCUUCAGACACUCUUCAGCCUGCUAUGAGAAUCUUCACAAUCGGCAUGAUUUACUUCAUCAUUGAAAUCUUACUUGUACCAUCAUUUCCUGCUACUUAUCUCCUCACUGAAGAAUUUGCUCAAUCAUCAUUCCUGUACAAGCUCUUCUACAUUUGUCUAUUUGGAAGGUUCACCAUCAACAAAUAUGUGACAUUCUGGUUGAUUUCUGAAGGUGUAUGUAUCUUGAGUGGCAUUGCAUAUUCAGGUAAGGACAAGGAAGGGAAGGCAAAGUGGACAGCUUGCUCAGGGAUUAAACCUCUAGCAUUUGAGACUGCUUUGAGUGUUAGAGACAUGGUAGCAACAUUCAAUAUUUCUACUAAUACAUGGCUAGCGAGGUAUGUCUACAAGAGGUUGAAGUUUCUAGGAAAUCGCUACAUCUCCCAGAUAGUGUCGCUUUUAUUUUUAGCUGCAUGGCAUGGCCUACACAUUGGUUACUACAAUAAUUUCAUCCUAGAGUUUUUCAUUGUCAUGUUUGAUGUUCAGGCUACAGAGCUAUUUACUAAAGUGCCUAUUCUCAACAAUGUUUCUCAACAUCGACUGAUGUCUCUUGUCAAAUUGGUGGUAUUGAAAUUCUGUAUGCUUCUCUUCAUGGGAUAUCCACUUGUUAGCUUUGUCUUACUGAAAUGGUCAAAAAUACAUUUGGUUUACAAGGAAGUCUACUACAUUGGACAUAUCUUCUUUGUGAUUCUGUGGCCAAUAUUCUCUUUUGGUGUCAUCAUUCCUUGGUUUAAAACACAGAAGUUAAAAUCCAAAGAGAAAGAAAAGACAAAAUGAUGAAUGAACAAUGGGCGAUCCACAUCUAUAUUCUUCCCAGCAAAUCAUUAAGGAAGUUAAUAUAAUGAUUGGCUGCUUUAUAAUUUUGUUUUUCAUCCACAAGUGGUGAGAAGGUAGGGUAUGGCCAAUAUAUGAAAGUUGAUAUGUGAGCUGACACAUCAACACCUUUCCCAAAAGCUAAAAGCAGGGUUCCUGGCAAAAACCUGAGAAACAUUGCUUUAGUUUUCGGGUUGUCCAUCCAUUUUUUUUUCAAGUUGUUUACUAAAUAACCAUGUGACAUAUCAAUCUGUAACUUGGUCCAUGUAUUCCAAUUUUAAAGUAUGUAUAUGUGAUGGACAAUGAUUUAAUGGGUCAGGUGAACUUAGGUCAAGGUCAAAGGGGACAAGGUCAAUGUGUACAUUUUAUUAUAUACAAAUAAUGCACGUAAGCGAGUGCAUGCGGGGCCAAAUAAUGAACGAUGUGUAUAAUAUUACAUGUAUAAUAAUAAUGAUAUAUUUUAACCAGGGUAGCUACUACAAUUCCAUAAACUGUUUUAUACAAGUCCCAAGAACGUUUUGUAAUCUGAUCCAAAUCGGAUCACAUGAUAUUCAGCAAAUUGCACUAUUGUAUCCAAAAUGCACUAUCCUGCACUCUGACCUCAGAGUGCAGGAUAGUGCGAGUUCUGCAAUUAUAUCUAGAAUUAUCUAAAAUUUAGAUCAAAUAUAGCAUUCGGGGCAACUCAGUAACAUGGGUGAGGGGGGGAGUUUAUAUAAAACAAACAAUACACGCAUUCUUGUGCAUAGAGGACCUAAAUAAUGAACUCUUCUCGCACAUCGUUCAUUAUUUGGCCCUGCAUGCACGCGCUUACGUGCAUUAUUUGUAUACUACUUGACAUGAUAAUGUUAUCAUCAUAUAACCCUGACUUGAGCGCUUCUCUUGUUUACUGACGAAUCAUUUUUAGUUUAAGUUUAAAGCCAAAUAUUUCUUCAUUUUUUAUUGUGUUGAGAUGUGAAGUACAGUACAGGCCACCCUCAGAUUUAAUAGAUAACUAUACAGAACACUGCAUUCUGAAUAUAACCGAAUAUAACCAAAGCCCAUACAGAA